AUGAGUCUCCGAAACGUGUUUCUUCUGGUCAGUGUUUGUGGACUGGGACUAACGUUACUUAUAAAGGACGCUGAAUCAAUGGUUCACUCUCUGAUCUAUUUUGAGACUUCUUCGACUGAUGUCACAAACUUCCCAGAGUUUGUCUCUGUUGGUUAUGUGAACGGUCUUCAGAUCACUCAUUAUGACAGUAACACAAAGAGAGAAGUGCCCAAACAGAAGUGGAUGGAGAAGAUCACAGAGGACGACCCACAGUACUGGGACAGAAACACAGAAUUACAUUUGAACAGUGAGAUGGUGGACAAAGUCAACACUGAAACAGUAAAGCAGCGCCUGAACCAGACUGAAGGUUCUCACAUGGUUCAGAGGAUGUCCGGCUGUGAAUGGAACAAUGAGACCAAUGAAAUAAAUGGAUAUUAUCAGUUUGGUUUUGAUGGAGAAGACUUCAUCGCCUUUGACCUGAAGACUGAGACUUUUGUGGCUCCGAGACCAGAGGCCGUCGCCACCAAACACAAGUGGGAGAGGAUUGGAGUGAAUGUUGAAAAGAAACACUACAUCACUCAGGAAUGUGUGGAUUAUUUGAAGAGACAUGUGAGAAAUGGACAGAGCGUUCUCAUGAGGAAAGAGCUCCCCCUGGUGUCCUUCCUGCAGAAGUCUCCCUUGGCCCCGGUCACGUGUCACGCCACAGGCUUCUACCCCGACAAGGCCCUGCUGUUCUGGACCGUCGACGGAGAUGAGUUGCACGAUGGCGUGGAGUUCUGGGAGAUCCUGCCCAACAACGACGACACCUUCCAGAUGAGCACAGACAUCGACCUGUCCUCUGUCCCGCCUGAGGACUGGGGCCGCUACCAGUGUGUGUUCCGGCUGUUGGGAAAGCCAGACAUGUACUUCAGGCUGGACCCAGACAAGAUCCGGACCAACGCAAAGAAGCACACAGGCCUUAUUGCAGCUGCUGUGUCUGUCUUUGUUCUCGCUCUCUUUGCUGCUGUUGUUGGAUUUGCUCUCUACAGAUGGCGUAAAGCCAAGCAGAUCACGCCUCCUCCCAGUGAAGCAGGGGUUCAAAGAGAAUUGGUUCCAAGCUCAGGCUCAACAGAAGCAGAGGAGGCUGAACAACCACUGGCCCCUGGACCACAGUGA